AUGGAUUCCCGAAAAACGCCUGGUCUGCUUCCUACGGCGACAGCGCUUCGGCGCCAGCUUGUCGAUGAUGAUACUGAUGAUGGUGAUUCCCAUGAUCAAUCAUCGUCUCAAGAACUUCCCGCUAGCACUUCGGCUGUUGAAGCAAAUCACAGCCUCGAGCUUACCAGGGAUGACACAUCCCCGGACCAUUUUAAUACGGAGAGCUACGAAGACUUUCCGUCUCUAUCUACUUCUGCGCAGAUUGCUGCACUGCCUAAACGCCAGCAAUUGAACAAAGGCAAGGGCAAGGCCAUGCUGAGUCCAGUGAACCUCGAGAUUGAUACGGGCGGUUUCAUUGUAGAGGCACCGAGAGUCCCACAGAGCCCUCCAGCCAUGGCAGAAGCAAGGUUGGCCCGUUUCAAUUUCGGAAAUGCAGCAUUUGAAGCCACACCCGUGCCUCUUGCAUCAUCAUCAUCAUCAUCAUCAUCUGCAUUGUCCACUCCAGCGAGCUUCAACCAGCCUUCCACAAGCGAAGCCGAAAUCUCUCGUUUACGUCGAGCACCUACAGCAUUCAAACCACAACAUGCGAGAUGUGACGAGACUUGUCCAUUUGCUAACCUGUUUGACAGUGCCAAAAAGCAACUCAAUGUCGACUCGCCCUCUUUCACUCCUGCCCAGCUGCUGGGAGGCACCAAGAAAUCCACCUUUUCUUCCCAGACUGCCAAUGCGACACCCUUCACUCCGAAAGGGGCCGCAAAUACUACUGCCCAGGCCAUGCAUCAGGAUGGCGACACAGGCUUUAUGAAUCCAGCGGCCGUGCGGGAAUUUACACCGCAGACGCAAAACUACGACCUCAACACGAGUUCCACGUCCAAUGGCAUAAACGCCGACUCCAAUACUGGCCUGUAUGAAGCAUUUUCUAUGGUCGGCAUGAACCAGGCGCUCUCUACCCAAUUCAAUCCAUAUGCCGAAGAUCACAACCCUUUGGCGGCUGCGGCCGGUGCGUCGUACUAUCCGAAUCCGGGUUUGUAUACUGCGCCUGUUCAACCAUUGCAAUACCAUCUCUACGCACCCGUCGGCCCUGCCAGAUCAGAUUUGGCGGCCUACCAGCGCCAAGCUCAUGAUUUCUUCAUCUCCAACGAAUUCAGAGAGGAUCUUCAAAAGAAGUCUGCAGCAACCCGGCAGGUAAUGCAGAGUUCUCAGCUACCUGAAGUCCAGCCAUACCAUUCUCUUGUCCCGCUGGAAGGGCCCAAGAGCGGCCAAUCCAGCCUCUUUGGUAAUGUUGUAUGCUGGGUAUACAAGGCUACUUCCAAAAAGAAUGGGCAUGUCUACUGUCUACGUAGGCUUCAAGGUGCCCGAGUGAGUGGCAAGGAGUCAACAAAUACUCCACUUAGCAAGUGGAAACGCAUCAGCAGUGGUGGCAUCGUGACGCCAGUCGAGGUGUUCACCUCGAGAGAUUUUGGCGACACGUCCCUCAUCUUCAUUCACAACUACCACCCUUGCUCCAAGACUUUGGCCGAACAGCAUUUCACGGGUGGUCGUUUCAAGCCCUCCAUUGCAGAAAGCUCGCUCUGGAGCUAUAUAUCCCAGAUUUGCAAUGCGCUCAAGACAAUUCACAAUGGCGAGCUGGCAGCACGCUGCAUUCACCCAACCAAGAUCAUCCUGACCGAGAAGAAUCGCAUCCGGCUGAGUGCCUGCAUGAUUCUGGACGUUCUGGAAUACGACAAUCCCCGUCCCUUGGCAGAGCUCCAGCAUGAGGAUCUGGUAGAUCUGGGCAAGCUCAUCUUAAGCCUCUGCCUUAACCAAAACCAAAUCCACAAUGUUCAAGCCUCCUGGCAAUCUUUCCAGCAGACCAAUUAUUCUGCGGAGCUCAAGGAGCUCGUCUUUUGGCUGAUCUCACCUCCAAGCGCCGAAGCACCAGAGCAGAAACACAUUGGCUUCUUACUACAAUCAAUCGCCCACCACCUCUUUGACUCUUUUGAUGCCUCUCUCCACGCUUACGACGAGAUCACAUCCGAGAUUCACAAGGAGCUUGAGAAUGGCAGAAUUGCCCGACUGCUGAUGAAGCUUGGCACGAUUAAUGAGAGGCCCGAGUUCGAUAACGAUCCAAACUGGGCUGAGAAUGGCGAGCGCUAUACCUUGAAGUUAUUCCGCGACUACGUCUUUCACCAGGUUGAUGCCAAUAAUAACCCUGUUCUGAACUUGGGUCACAUGCUUUCGUGCUUGAACAAACUGGAUGCUGGGAUCGACGAGAAGGUUUUCAUGACAAGCCGUGAUCAUCAAACGUCUUUUGUGGUCACCUACAAAGAGCUGAAGAAACAGGUAACCAACGCCUUCCAGGAACUCCAGAAAGCUGGCCAGCCGAAAACUGCAGCGCCCCGCGGCGUGUUCUAG